AUGUCGUCCUCGUUCAACGGUGUCCCAAACAACAGCAACCCUGUAUUUCCCCCGUCUUCGCGACUCGAGCACGCUUGGUACGACCAGCGCUGCACAGUUCCUUCCGGGCCUGAUUGCUCCCUUGAUCGUAUCCAACACCGGUUUGGUCGCAAGAUUCCUCUUACCCUUUCGCUUAUCGGUAUCAUCGUCGGUGCCGUUAUUCAGUGCACCAGUAGAUCCUUGGGCCAGUUUAUCGCGAGCCGAGUGAUCGUUGGCAUGUUUGGUCAAAUCGGUCUGCCUGUAGGGUCUGCUCUACUUGUCGAGAUUGCUCACAUUAUUGCUUCCUGGACGACAUACGGCACCCUCAUGCACUUUCCCACUUCCUCGUGGUGCUGGCGCCUUCCGUCACUCCUUCAAGCACUCGUACCGGCACUUAUCGUGGUGCCCACAUUGAUUAUGCCCGAGUCGCCACGCUGGCUUGUAUCCAAGGAUCGGGUCGCCGAUGCCCAGCGCGUUCUCGCCAACCAGCAUGCGAAUGGCGAUUUGAACGACCCACUUGUCGUUCAUGAAUUGCAAGAGAUUGAGGCUGCUAUCGCCGAAGAACGAAGCAUUGGCGGCGGAUCGCCGGGCUGGGGCGACUUUUUCCGCACCAAGGGCAACCGCUGGCGUCUCCUCAUUCUUAUCCACGUCGCGGUAGGCGCCCAGUGGAACGGUGUCGGCAUCGUGUCGUACUACCUGGUCCCCGUCCUCGCCAGUGUGGGCAUCACGACCAGUGCCGACCAGCUCCUUGUUACCGGAGGCAUGGCGAUCAGUAACUUGUUCUUUGCGUUCGCAGGCGCCUUCAUGGUGGAGCGAAUGGGUCGACGCAAGCUGUGGAUGCUCUCGACCGGACUGAUGCUCGUCACCUUUACGAUAGUGACGGCACUCUCGGGCGUGUUUACCAAGACACAGAGCCCAGCGGUCGGCGGCGCCGUUGUGGCCUUCCUGUACCUGUACUAUGGGGCAUACGACAUUGCCUGGACGCCACUCACCAUUGCGUACCCAGUUGAGGUGCUGCCAUUCUCCCUUCGAGCAAAGGGCAUGUCGCUAUGGUCCUUCUUCGUCGCAGCAGCCCUUUGCGUCAACAACUGGGUCAACCCUAUCGCACUUGCGCGCAUCGGAUUUUGGUACUAUAUCGUCUUCCUUGUUGUGCUCGUGUACCUCCUCUUCAUAGAAUACUUCUUCUUCCCAGAGACUAAAGGCCUCACUCUCGAGGAGGUAGCCAUCCGAUUUGAUGGUCACGACGAUGGCGCCGUCACCCAAGCGAACGGCAGCUUCCAUAGCCGCGAGGACCAGAAAGUGGAGCUGGAGCACGACGAGACUGUGCCGAAUAACCUGCCCAAGUCGGCCGCUGACUGUGUAUUGGCCAAAGUCUCCUGA